AUGGGAGGGCCCGCGCCAAGCGCUGUCUCUGUAAGCGUGGAUGGCAUCUCGCUUGGCUUCCUCGCCGACCGUUUUGAGGACUCCGUCGCCAGUGAUGCUGCGGCUUGGGCACGCUGGGCUGAUGCCGUGGCUUCCGGCGCCUUGCGCAGCGACGGUGGGAGCCGGCGAGGCGGCGCAUUGAACAGCGGCCAUACGAUGAUGGAGCAUUUGCCUCUGUUGGCGUCUUUGCCACAUGAUCUGAUCUCGUCGCUUCUCCCUCAGGGUUUCGGACUCGGGCCGGGCGGCGUGACUUUACGUGCUACGUCUGCCGGGGCAGUGCUUCAGACGAUGCUCUUUGCAGUGCUUGCGAGCCACUCGCUUGGUGCCGUCUUGGCCGGGGCGGAGGCCUUCGUGGCAGGCCUCACCGGGAUGCCAGCACCCUGCCGGCGGCCGAGGCUUUCAACGCUCGUGGAAGCAGCGGGUGCCACACAACCCGUGGUCUGUCUUUGCGAGACGGAAGCGUCCCCAGCCGUUGACGACCUGCAGGACAUGGCGCGGAGGGGCCAGAGGAAGAUGGUCCAGGUAGCCUUGGGCCUGCAGGCCUCUCCCGCAGCAGACUCAGCUAAAGCCGGAGUGCCAGCAGGAGAGCAGCCGAAUCGUUGGGGUGCCAGUGGCCCAGUGGCAACCGCGGCAGCGACGAGCGCCAGCGUGCUGGAGCUUGUGGACGAGUGCAAGGAUGUGGGAUACUGGCUGCUGUUGCAUAUCGUGCCACAAGAUACGCCAAAGCCCAGUGCCGCCGAGUCCACGGGCGUCGCUGCCGAUGCCUGCGGAGGAUGGCAGCUGCUGGAAUGGAUUUGGUUCAACAUGAGCACUCCAUCUUUUCGGGCUGCCGUGGAUGAAAAUUUUCGGCUCUUCGUGGUUGUGGAUGCCAGGCAACCUCAGCUGCUCCCCGAUUGGAUCUUCCGCUCCAGCUGCGACGCCAUUUGCGUUUUCGACAGCCAGACAGGCCUCUCCCUGCGCCCCUGGCUUGAGCUCUCUCUCAACUCGCUACGCAGGAAGACACCCCUCAUGCCGGAGAUCUCCACACAGGCUACGACGCCCACGAACAGCAAGGGCAAGUACGACCUCCUGGGUGGCUACAGAAGCUUGCAGGAUGCCGCCAGCAACAGUCGCCUCGCGGCGCAGGGGCGAAUGGCGAAGAUAACAUCCAGCACAGUGCUCUUCAGCCGACUCACGCAGCCCAGCUUCGUUCUGAAGCUCGGACUCACGGCCUUGCGUUUGUCGCUGCAAUUGGUCCUGGCUGCAGUGGCGGCAUGCGAGCGUGCCACCUGCUUGCCUGCGGCCUGGCUGAUGAGGGCGCGACCCAUAGGAGGCUUGGAUGCCGAUCUGGCAGACGAGGCACUCCACAGGCUGAUCCAGCUACAGGGUUUCGAAGCAUCUGUUACCAUUCGCUCCGUGGAUGUUCUGGAAAUCGUGGCGACAUUGAUCGUGCACCAGGCAGAGGAGGUUGGGCCUCUUUGGGUCGACGUGGGCGGCAACCCAGGUCCCGGGGCCUCGCCAAUCUUGUACAACAUGCUGCGAUUCUUUCGGCAGAGCCACUUGUCCCGGCACAGGCAAGAUACAACGGGCCCGCCGCCCUCCGCCGACAGCAGCAAGAUGAGCCAGUUGAGCAGCUUGGAGGCUUCCAAGCGAACCAGUACGCAGCGGAACUCCUCGCUGAACGUGCUGAGCGCCGUCGGCAGGAAGUCCAAGAAGCCGAUGGAGGUAGAGGCCAUCGUGGACGAGGCGCUUUGGUACCAUGACGAGAACUACGAGCCGUCCGAAGGCUCCCUGUGGACGAUCUUUGGCCAAGUCGCCGACUUGGUGGACGACUUGUUGAGCAAAGGUGAGCCGGGGCAGCCUCUCCUUAGUGACGAGGCUGAUACCGCAGCUGCGGCAGAGAUCCUGAAGCUCUUGCCCCUCGUGGACCACCACUCGACGGUGCGCCUCGCCGGAGCAGCUCCUCAAGUUUUUGCCUUGGCGUUGCCCUUCGCCAGGGCAAGGCCCGGACAACUCCACCUGCCACCGCUGCCGUCGCUGAAGGAGCCCAGCGAACGGUCUUCUUCCGCUUCCCUGCCGAUGAUGGGCGAGGAUGCAUCCGUGGCAAGCGAAGAAGUCGAUGAGGUGCAGGACGGCCAGGAUGGCCUUGACACCAGCAUCUCAUCGCGCAAGGUGUCCGGCGUGGAGACGCUUCAGUUUCAGAUCCCAUCGAUCGGCGUCGUGCCCAGUGCUUCCAGCGAAGAAUCCGAGGACGAUGUGGAAGGGCUGCUGGCGCAGCGUCUUUUCGACAUGGAGAGCCAGUCUGCUUCAAAAGAAGGCUUGAUCCAUCUGCUGAAGGCCACGAUCUUGUGCAUCAGCUCCAGCGGACUAUGUGAGGAGGAGGCGGAGGAGGAGCCUGUUGGCUCCGAGUCAUCUUUGCAGGCGGAGUGGCGGCGGCAGCGACAGGGCAUCGCUUCUUGGGCGCGUGGCAUUUGCCAUGAGGCUGAGGAUCUCGUUCGAGGCCUUCGGGAAGGCCUCGAUACGUUGAGCCCAGAGCUUGCUCUGAAGCUGAGGCACUUGCUCCACACAGCGCAGGUCUGGGCCAUGCGUGCCGCACCGCAGGAGGCUGCCGAAAUCUCGCCGCCACCCCCGCACCUCGGGGAUUGCCCAGCAGAGGUAUGGCACGUGGCGAAGUCGCCACUCGCACUCUCCAGCCCAGUUCCUGACGGCUGGCAACCGCCAGAUUACCUGGAAGAGGCGAGCUUCGGAGCCUGGCUCGGUCGCCUCGCACAGCGCCUGCACCAGGUUUACUUGCCCAGAGACGUGCCGAAGCGCCUACACGUCGCAGAUCUUGGACAGGUGGCCCCGAUGCUGUUGGCCCUACGCUUGGACUUCGCGGCACAACGGCGGUGCCUCGCCGAGCAGACCUGUCUUGUCUUUCUCCCCGUCGGACAGGAUGAAGAUGAGGCGCCAAGCUCGCCUAGAUCUGACCUGCUCAAAGGGGAGAAAUGCGUCGUGGAGGAUUUCACGACCUGGGAUGAGCUUGACGUGGACAAGCCCCCCUGCUUCGAGCCGGCCUCCGAACUUCCGAGCUCUCUGAUGGCUGCAAUGGCGCCUCUGAAGCAUCGUGGCAAAGACGACAACUUGGCCUCCGAGGUACUCCGGCCUCCAUCCCCACCUAUGACGCCCCAAAAGUCUGCUCCUCCACGGAUGUUCGGAGAGGAGACACCACCUUCUGCACGAGCUGCAGGUGCAACGUUGAAGCAGUCGGUGCGCAAGAUCCAAAUCCUGGGUGCCUUGAGCGGCAAAGCCACACGUCGGCAGAGCGUUGCAGUUCGGAAGAAGGCGAAGGACACAAAGGAGAACAAGAUCUUCCACAAGGAUCUGGCCAACAGCGACUUGAUCCUUACUGGGCUGUUGGCCGACGGUGCUGUUUGGUCUUCCGUCAGUGGGCUCUACAUUGAUGGCAAUGUGGCCGGCCUCACCCGCUUGCCUCCUCUUCGCGCCGUGGCCACGACCUUGCGCACGGCAGAGCAGUUCACGGCGCAAUGCUUUCCUCAGGCCUCUGGGUGCAUCAAUCUCACGGUCUACCGCGUCAUGAGCACUUCAUGGCCCAUGCCACCGCAAGGCAGCCUGAAAUCUGCGCCGCCGCGAGAGGUUUGUGCGCUACGGCUGCCCUUUGUGACCCGGUCGGGCUUCAAGUGGCAGCCUUUGGCCCUCCUCGACGCCUUGCCGCCGCAGCCCUGCCGUGGGCAUUUGCGCCAAUGGGCGACCGAAGGCAGCCGGGACAAUGAGGAGGUCCACGGAAACAUCGAAGAUCAGCUUCAGGAGCCGUUGUCUCUGCCGCGGCCUUUUGCCUUGCACCCAGAAGCCCUGCCGACGCUGGCGGGGCCGCCAAACAUCUCCACGAGGAUUGCCAAGCAGAGCAUUCCGGACUGA